AUGUCUAAUUGUAACACAAGCUGCAGUGAAAGUGACCUGAAUGGAGAUAACCAGACCACUUCAUCACUAUAUCAGCCAUCUACAGCUGUCACUAUCAUUCAAGCCACUAUGAUGAUUUUCACUAUAAUUACAGAUAUUCUUGGCAAUAUCCUGGUGAUCCUCUCUGUUUUGCAAAACAAGAAGCUCCGUACUUCUGGUAAUAUCUUGGUAAUCAGCUUGUCUGCAGCAGAUCUGAUUGUUGCAUUGUACCCUUAUCCAUUAUUUGCAACUGCUAUUAUACAGAAGAAGUCGUCUCUGGAUCAUGUCCAGUGCAAGGUUUCCUCAGCCAUUCUGGGUCUUGGUCUCUCUGGAUCUAUAUAUAAUAUCAUGUCAAUAGCGAUUAACAGAUAUUUUUGUAUUUGCCAUAGUUCCAGAUAUGAUAAGCUGUACAGCAUGAAAAACACCUACUGCUACAUUUUCUUGACAUGGGUCUUAGUUGUUCUUUUUCUGUUGCCAAUGGCACAAACCGAUGCUUUGCAGUAUGACCCUCGUGUGUACUCUUGUGUAUUCAUUCUUACCUUGAACCCAUCACUGACUAUUGCUCUAGCAUCAUUCCAGUUUAUAAUCCCAGUAACCAUUGUUAUCUUCUGCUACAUGAGGAUUUGGGUCUUGGUCAUUCAGGCCAAGUAUCGGGUCAGGCAAAACAGCAGUCAAAAGAUGAAUUUCAGUGAGGUGAGAAACUUCUUGACCAUGUUUGCAGUCUUUGUUCUUUUUGCAGUUUGUUGGGGUCCCUAUAGUAUAAUUGGUCUAAUAUUUUGUUUUAGUCCACCAUCAAAGGCACCCAAGGUGCCUGAUUGGCUGACUGUCCUGAGUUAUUUUAUGGCUUACUUUAACAGUUGCCUUAAUGGAAUUGUUUAUGGAAUCUUUAACAGUAAUUUCAGAAAUGAGUACAAAAGAAUUGUACUGUCUUUUCAUGAACUGACACAAACUGUUCAGUCUGAGGAAAAAUCCACAUCUGUGUCACAAGAACAAGAACAAAAUUAUACGGAACUAGAAAUUAUUGCAGACAAUUCAAAAACUGAUAAGAUGCUGAACCACAAGUGA